AUGUCAGCCUCCAAACUCGAGAAGACCGUUGUGAACCUUGAGAAGCGGCUGAAGCAGGAGUUCCAUGCGGAGAUGCAGCGGGAGCUCAAGCAGCACACGGCUGGGCUCGAGGCUCGGCUCAGCACGUUGGAAGCGCAGCUGAAGAAGAUCCAGACGGAACCCCUCGUGGUGUGCGACAUUGACCGGGUCUCGGACAUCGUGGAGGAGCGGCUGGAUCGGGGGGACCUGAACCUCCCAGAGGCGCACCUGGCGCUCGAGGCCAAGGAGUCCGUCGCUCCGCUCGAGCUGGACGCCGUGGCGCCGGAGGGCGGAGAGGAGGUAGAGAAGCCGAUGGAACACACCCCUGAGGAGGAGGAGGUGGAAGAGCCGGUGGCGUUCACCGAAACGGCGUGGAACUUGGUGCUGGUGCUAGGCCUGACGGGGUCGGGAACUCUGGAUGCCUGCAUCGCGUGUUUGUUGCUGAUCUGCUCAGCAGCCAUGCAGAUCACCUUCAGCGUGCCUUGGAAACGAGUUCUUGGGGGAACCCUUCCACGAGCAGAUUGA